AUGGCCGCCAUCGCGUGCUGCGAUCUCGACCGGCUGCACUCGCUUCUCUCGGACGACACCUUCGAUCUGGAGGCGCCGUGGAGCGCGCCGCCCGGCGGCGUCCGCUACCGUGGUCCGCCGAUGCUCUUAGUUGGUGCAGAGCACUUGCGGGUGGAGGGCGUGCUGAACCCUGGAGAACCGUGGACGCCGCUGCUCCUCGCGUGUGACAAGGGGCACGCGUCGGUGGUGGAGGUGCUUCUGAGGCACGGCGUCGCGGCGACGUCACGGGAUGUGCUUGGCGUGGGCGGGCAGGGCGGCACGCUGCCGAUGCUGUUCUACGCGCUCAACUCUUCUGACAACGGCCAAUUCACGGACUGCGCCCUCGCGCUGCUGCGUGCGGGUGCCCAGCCCCUCCUCAACUACCAGAUCGGGAGCGGUGCGACGGCGCUGCAAUUUGCAUGCCAGUACAACCGCUCCGCCGCCGUCCGCUUUCUCAUCAUGAACGAACGUCCGGAGCUCGGCCAUGUCUUCGGCAAGGUGAUCGCGCUGCUACGCGCAGAGGACUCGUUCGGCGCGGCAGAUCACGACGGCGGAAGCUUGCCGCCGGGCCUGUGCGCCACGGUGGUGGGUCUGCAGGCGGCUUCGGAGCUCAACGGGCGAGUCGCCCGGGUCCUCAGCUUCGACGAGGGCCGGGGGCGGUAUGGCGUGCAGGUCGGCACGCCCACCGGCGUGCGCAGGCUCUCGAUCCGGCCUGCCAACUUGCGCACCGAACCACCCGAGCUGCCCGGAGGCGGCGCCGGGAACCAGCUGCCGCAGCCGCCCAUCCGAGCCGCCGAGCUGGCGCUGGUUCUCAGGAGUGGGCAGUCGCGCUGGUUCGGGGAGCUGGUGCGGCAGACGAGUCGCACCGAGCUGGCGCAGCUCGUCACGCUGCCGGGCGUCUCUGGGGAGGUCCCGCUGCUGCACAGCACUUUGAUGGUGCAUGUGGCUGGCAACCGCCAUGCGAGCGAGGAGUGCGCCCGCGCGCUUGUCGAGGCGGGCGCCGACGUCAACGCGGAUGUGUCGCCAGAGGACCUCGUGCAGAUCGCCGGCAAGGACGCGGAGGGGGUACGGUCGUGCAUGCGGCUGCUGCUCGAGCACGGCGCGCCCAUCGAUGCCACCGACGCCUUCGAGUACACGGCCCUCCUCGCCGCGGCCGAGUGGGGGCGCACCGAGUCUGUGAAGCUGCUGCUCGAGCUUCGAGCCAGCCCGCACAGCACUUGCCCCGCGGAGGGGGAAGGGUACGAUUGCCUCAUCGCCGCGGUCCAGAACGCGAUGCCAGACGUCUCAGGCGUCGACCCUUCCGGCAGCGAGUGGACUUGCGCGGCGAAAGGCAUCCACGAGACUGGCCCCCUCGCCCUCGCGGAGCUGCACCUGCGGCAGCGCCGGCAUGACGACGCCAGGCUGGCCAGGUACGCACGCAUCGCGGAGCUGCUCCAGCCCAGCCCACUGGACAAGCUCAUGGAGAAGGGCCUCGCCGCGGGGGUGCUCACCCAGGCGGAGGUGGACGAGGGAACGGACGCGCUCGCGAGGGGGGACACGACCGAGGAUGACCUGCUCAGCUACUGGGAGUGGCGGGUCGAGGAGGAGCAGUUCCGGCAGUCGAUGCGCGCGGCGCGCGGCAGGCAGCUCUAUGAGGGCUUUGCGGAGGCGGUGCUGCGCGGCGAGCCGGCGGCCGUGGCGGAGGCGUUGAGGAAGGAGGCGGAGGCCGAGGCGGGGGGCCUGCUGCCCCUUGGGUCGCCGCCGGUGUACGGCGGUCGGGCGCGGCUGGUCGGGCUCCAAAAGGAGCCGGCGCUAAAUGGCCAGAUCGGGGUUAUCGUCUCGUUCAACGACAACGGCGGCCGCCGCUUCUGCCCUGUGGACAGCGCGGUGAGCGAGUACCCCUCGCGGGUCGGCGCGCCACACGCGUCCGUCCUCGGCGCGCUGCGCGCCGACCUCGCGCGCGACGGCCCACUGGCCCGCGAGCUGCUCGAUUGGACGCCGUUGUCGGAGGACCCGGCCAUCGACCAGGGCGACCUCUACCAGCAGCUGAUGAAUACGGUGAUGGCCGACGCGCUGCAGCGCGACGGCGGCCCGAGGCGCGCCUUCUAUGUGCAGCGCACAGGACGCAACGAGGCUUUCUUCCUCACGCACCGCGAGCUGCAAUACGGCGACGCAGAGGUGUUCACCGAGGGAGGAGGGUACUCGACGGCGCCGUGGCUUGUCUUCAACGCGGUCGGAGGCUCGUGCAUCGCGCCGCCCGUGUGGAAGCACGGCUGCGAGCCGGGCUACAUGGCGCGGCUGCUGCGCUCGUCGCUCGACCCCAACGUCGAGUGCACGGUGUGCCUCGAGGCGAUCGAGUUCAAGCGCAACCCCUCCCAGCUCCCGUGCAUGCACAUCAUGUGCACGACCUGCCUGAAGAAGCUGUACGGCGGCCAGUCGCGCAGCGCGGGGCUCACGUGCCCCUCCUGCAAGGACCACUUCCCGAAUUACGCCCUCCUGCAGCGCCACAGCAGCCCAGGCGGCGUGGUGCUUGCCGAGAACACUGCCGGCCCCUUCACGGACCGAAGGCCAGACCCGGUGGAUGAGGCGUUGGAGCGGGCCAACCGGGGGGUGCUGUUGGCCCCGUUACCCGCCGGGGACUCCAUACCGAUCGAUGCAAACCUGCUGGCGGUCCAGAUGGCAGGGCGGGAGAGGUGGGGGCAGUGA